AUGGAGCCAGUCUACCUGCGGCUGUCUUGUGCGGUGCAGAAUUAUGUGUGGGGGAAGGUUGGGUGUGGGAGUGAGGUGGCUCUCCUGAAGAGGGGUGGUGAUCACGUUGGGAGCAACCAGUUCACUGUAGACGAAAAGGAACAUUACGCUGAGCUAUGGAUGGGGACUCACAAGAAGGGACCAGCUCGAAUUGCAUGCCCUCAAUCUUCACACGGUCAGCUUCUCAGCGAAUGGCUGCAAACAAACCAGUGGGCGUUAGGUCGAGAAGUUUUUGCCGAGUUUGGUAGUCAGCUUCCAUUCCUACUGAAAGUGCUCUCCAUCAAUAAAGCCCUCUCGAUUCAAGCUCAUCCAACCAAGUCCCAUGCUGAGCAGCUGCACGCAUCCUUUCCUGACAAAUACCCAGAUCCAAAUCACAAACCAGAAAUGGCAAUUGCUGUGAGUGAGUUUAUAGGCUUCUGUGGGUUUCGAUCCUUUAAUGAGAUACGGAGGUUUGUGGCUACCAUUCCUGAGCUUCAAAGAGUUGUGGGCAGAGAGAGCUGUGAGGCAAUGACUUCCUUGCCAGAGAGUGGAGACACCAAGGCUGCUUUGAGAUCAGUGUUCAUUGGACUCAUGGGAAGUGAUGUGAAUACUAUCCAGAAGGAACUGGGACUGCUGAUCUCACGACUGGACGACCCAGACAGUAACCAAGAUAUCCCAGCUCAAGAGAGGGAUCUUUUGCGUCGUUUGAGCAGCCAGUUUCCAGGAGACAUUGGCUGUUUCUGUGUGUUCUUCCUCAACUUCCUCCAGCUGCAACCCGGGGAGGCUAUCUACCUCGCUCCCAAUGAGCCACAUGCCUACCUCUAUGGCGAUAUUGUAGAGUGUAUGGCAUGCAGUGACAAUGUGGUACGUGCUGGACUAACCAUCAAGUUCCGAGACAAGGACACUCUCUGUCAGAUGCUAACUUAUGAGAUGCGGUCACCAGAUGAGAGCAAGUUCCAGCCUCAGCAGCACCCCACCCUCCCCCACACUCUGUUGUAUGACCCACCCACUCCCGAGUUUGCUGUACUCAGGAUUACCAUCCCCUCUAGCACCACUGAACUGGAGCUACCACCUAUUUCAGGUCCCAGUAUACUGAUAGUUGUGUCUGGGUGUAUGGAGGUCUCAUGCAGCAAUGGCUGUAGAGAGAAGCUGAACAAGGGUGUGUGCGUGUUUCUACCUACAGAUACUGCCAUUAAACUACAUCCUAUGAUUAGCGAGGACAUGCUCGUGUUUCAAGCUUACUGCUCUAGGUAGCUGUUAGGUUGUCUCAACUUUACGUUCAUUAGUUAUUAAUUAUUGUUAUCAUAAUUCUAAUUCUGUUUAUAUAUAAAAAUA